GCGAAAGUGGAGCAACUCCAUAUUAAAGGUCCCCUUUUGGUUAAUUGGACUGCAACUGCAGAAUGGACUAAGCGAUGAUUUAUUCAGCAGGCAGGUGGAACGGCGCCCUGCAAACCCCCUCCCAGGUAUCGAGGAUGGAUGGCUCAUUCCUGCGCCCUGCUUCUCCCCGUGCUCCUUCAUCCCUCAGGCCAAUCGACUCUGAGGGCACACUUACAAGAUGGGCUUCAGGGUGACAAAACGAGAGGAGGAAAGGUCUUUCUGGAGGGGAUUCCGAGGUGUGAGAUUUGUGAUGAGAUAUGUAAUCCCUUCAACGAGUCCUGGGUCUCCUCCCAGUUGGACACAAUUGGAAGACCUCCACAGAGUUUCUCAGUGACAGCAAACCUGCAACACCUCAGACUGAGGAGAGAAUCAUGGCUGAUUGGAUUUCCUCAGGGUAACACCACCAUCUGCUGGACAUCAUCUCUAAUGUGCCAGGCUGUUCGAAGAAGACGUCCUUGACCACCAGAGCAGAGGUGAUCUCCUGCAGGGGACCAACAGCUUCUCUCUAAGGUUUAUGGAAACCUAACCUCCCAUUGGUGGAGAAGUGCAUGAGGAACCCAGCUCUGCUGCAGAGGACAGGUUUAGUCAUUAGAGUGCUUUGCCACAUCCAGGAAAAUGUCUGGCUCCUACGAUGAAUGUGUUGGUGCUGACGACACCAUGGACAGCUUCUGGGAGGUGGGGAACUACAAACGUGCUGUCAAGAGAUUUGAUGAUGGCCAUCGGCUCUGCAACGACCUCAUGGGCUGCCUGCAGGAGCGUGCCAAGAUAGAAAAAGCAUACGGUGAUCAGCUAACUGCCUGGUCCAAGAGAUGGAGGCAGCUCAUAGAGAAAGGUCCACAGUACGGCUCUGUGGAAAGAGCCUGGCUAGCUGUGAUGACUGAGGCGGAGAAAGUGAGUGAGCUUCACCAAGAUGUGAAGAACAACCUGUUAAACGAAGACGUAGAGAAAGUGAAGAACUGGCAGAAGGAGGCCUAUCACAAGCAGAUGAUCGGAGGCUUCAAGGAGGCGAAGGAGACAGAGGAGGGGUUCAAGAAGGCUCAGAAACCGUGGGCUAAGAAGCUCAAGGAGAUGGAGGCAGCUAAGAAAACGUACCACAUGGCCUGCAAGGAGGAGAAGCUGGCUGCCACCCGAGAGGCCAACGGCAAGACGGAGGCUUCUGUCACACCAGACCAGCAGAAGAAGCUCCACGAGAAAGUGGACAAAUGCAAACAGGACGUGCAGAAGGCUAAGGAGAAAUAUGAGAAGUCACUGGAGGAGCUCAACAAGUGCACCCCUCAGUACAUGGAGAGCAUGGAGCAGGUGUUUGAUCAGUGCCAGCAACAUGAAGUGAAGAGGCUGACCUUCCUCAAGGAGGCCCUGCUGGACAUCAAACGCCAUCUUAACCUCACUGAGAACCAAAGUGCAGUUGACUUCAAACUGAUGGUUCCCAACAAAUCCAGCUAUGCCACAAUAUACAGAGAACUGGAGCGCACGAUCCUGGCUGCAAACACACAAGAGGACCUGAAGUGGUUCAGCAACAACCACGGCCCAGGGAUGCAUAUGAACUGGCCUGCCUUUGAGGAAUACAACCCAGACGCAGCCAGUGCUCCUCCAAAGAAGAAGAAACCAGAUGGAGCCCCACCCACUCCAAGCACCGACCAUGUGGCUCCACCUGGUGACCGCAGCAGCGUGAGCAGCUAUGAUAAAAACCAAGCCUACUCAGCUGAGUGGUCAGAUGACGAGCAGCCUGCUGCGUACUCUGGAAACGAAAACGGAGGGAAUGGAAAUUCAUUUGAAGAUGACUCAAGCACCGGGAAAGGGGUCCGUGUGCGUGCUCUUUAUGAUUAUGAAGGCCAGGAACAGGAUGAACUCACCUUCAAAGCAGGUGAUGAGCUGACCAAGAUCGAGGACGAAGACGAGCAAGGCUGGUGUAGAGGUCGCUUGGACAGCGGCCGAGAGGGACUGUACCCGGCCAAUUAUGUUGAGCCGAUCUAGUCACAUUACUGGACAAGGACACGCCAUUGGAGGCAGCUUGAACUGUCCUGUCCAAUCCCACCGCACAUAGCCAGAGACUUAAGAGCAACACAUCCCUUGCCCAACAGAUGCGCCAAGCAGUCUCGCCUAAAUAAAAACUUAGUAACCGAAAAGACAAUAUAUCAGUAUAAUAUAUUUUAUCCAGCAUUUGGGGUGGGUGGACUUACACAUUUAAAAACAGGAGCAGCAGUUAUUCCAGUAUAUACACACUCUACUGUAACAUCCCGACAGUGCAGGAACACAUUGCUUCUCUAUGUGGCUGUGUUUAAACAUAUAAUGCAGCUUAUUUAAACUUGCUGUCAGUUCUCUUGUGAAAAUGGGGAGAUAAUAUAAUCAGUUGAACCCGUUCGACAAAGACAAGCUUCUUUAACCUGCAAUGUGUAUAUACGGUGUGAUGCCAUUUUUGUGUAGCAUUUUUAAUGCUGUGUGUGGUCAGUCGUCAUUCUUACAUUGGGAAUGCUGUGUAGUGUUAAAGUACCACAAACAGUAUCCUCUAUUUUUUUUGUUUGUUUUAUUGUUUUUCUUUGUGAUUUGGUCCAACCUCUUAUCCAGUGUGUGCAGUGCUAUGUGUUUUUAACUGUUUCUGAAAAGUGCAUAGCAGCAUGCGCUAUGCAACAACGUGCAUUCCCUGAGUCCUGCAGCCUCCUGCAGGCAAUAACUUGAUGCAAAACUUCAACUACAAAUCGAGCUCACUUUAUAGCACCUCUGGCUUCUGAGAAGAAGCUUGAUCAUGAAGUGAUUUUCUGUUUUGUUUUGUUUUUAACAUCAUUUUUUUUUUUGUUUUAGCAUCACUACUUCAUACCCUUGACUGCAUCAUCUCCAUGAAGCUCAUGGAAAGGAUAAAGUUUGUGCAGAAGCUUUCAUUCUUGGUUCAGUAAUUCAGCUCUCAUUUUAAUCCACUCAGUGUACUUCCCUCGAAGCUAAGUCUGAUCUUUUUGAGGUUGCCACUGCAGUAUGAGAGGAGAGUUUGAACAUUUCCUGUGCCAGGCACUUUUCUUCCAGAGCGAAGGGCCGACGGAGGCGAUACUGUGCUACAGACAUUUGUCUGAAGACUUAAGCCUCUUCAACAGGACAUGAAUGUACUAGUGUUUGGGCUUAACAGAAGGAUCGUUGCUUAAAAUCCUGCCUCACAUAAAGCACUAGUCACAUGGCCCUUUUACUUGCUGAGCCAAAGAAUGACCCAUCAACUUUCUGUUCUCUCUCCAUGCAAUAACCUCACAUAUCACAUCGAAAACAGCUUCAGUGAAGAUCAACUUGUAGCUGCCUCCUAGUCCACCCAGACUUCAUUUGUCUGCAGACACUGCAUGAUGACACAAAAAUACAUUCAUCGCUAGUAGUGCACUGAAUUUGGAAGGCAGUGCAUUGCAUUUUUAACUUGCUCCGGAGAUGUACAACUCACAGCAGGAGCAGAUCAACUAUCAGGUGAGUCACCAUGCUAAGAGUUGCAUCUAAAUCUCUGAUUAGAUCAAUUAGAUGCUUUUUAGUCAUCCUGGAGUUUUUAACUUUAACCGGACCAACAGCAGUCAGAUGUGUUUAGCUCUGUGUCUGGAACAGGAUUUGACACGUUUGGGUCUCACACAUGAGGAGAAACACAUCACCAGCUCACAAGUUGUGUCUUAGAGAAAAGCUGUCCAGCAUAGCAAAAAGGACUCCUAUAAUCGAACUGUCCCACACUAGCACACGCACCCACACGCAUACUAACACACAUGCAUUCAACACGCGCAAGGUCGAACACAUAAUCCACAUAACCAGGUGAAUAUUUUGGGGGUUAAACAUCUUCAUCAUCCAGUGUGUAUGAGUUGUGUAAAUGUUUCAGAAAAAAUGUAAAAAAAAAUGCAAGUGAUUGACUAUUAAGACAAAAUGUAGUGUUAUACAUGUAAAUGUGUUUCAUUAAAAUAACAGCAAUGGAGAACAUAUUAAGUAAUAGGUACCAUAUCGUAUGAAUUUCAUUGCAAUGGAAUUGUCAGUGUAUCAUAAAAGCGUGACGUUAUCCCACGCUGUCAGAUUUGUAUAUGAUGAUGUAAUUUAAAGAUUAUAUUCUAUUGUAACUGUACAACUGUGUUGAGUUGAAAUGAGACCUAACCAUGUUGAGGCAGUAAAAGGUGUACAUGUAAAUGCUUUUUUAUGUUGAUGAUCUCUUCCUUAUGCACACAGGGGGCAGCAGCUCAUGUUGUGGGAACCCCUAUAUUAGCGGUCUAGAAGAUGUAUGUUCAUAGUUAGUGAUGUACUUUUAUCUCCUAACUGGUGUAGUGCCUGUUCAUCUUGAUGUAACAAGAAGUUCAUUUAAAUAUGCAUAAAGAUGAUUAUGAUCACAGAUAAUAAUGACGAUAGUGAUGAAAAA